AUGAUGCGUAGAUUGGGAGGUACUACGCUUCAAUCAGUUGGUAUUCAAUUCUAUUUGUCAUUUUUGGGGGGAGGGGGAAGAAUGAAAGAGGUCUUUCAAUAAGGUGGAAGAAAUGAUGAACGGUUCCUUAUAUAUUUCGUUCUUCCAAGGUCAGCUUGAAUCUACAAUGGAGCAAGUAGUGCAGCUUGCUGUCCAGGAGAUAACCAAAACCGUCGGAGCGAGCUUAAAUUCCCUGUUGUUAGAAACGACCGCCAAGGACCAGGAAAACCAGCGGUUAAGGUUAAGGCUCCAGUCGAGUAAGUUUGACUCCGGGGUGGCUGGAAAUGCUUAUGGUCACGGUAAAGGUAUGGAGGAGGACUCGACGAGCGAAGAUAUAAAGAUUCCGGUACACGCCGCCAAUCUAAGCUCUCAACUCGCCAUGCACAUCAGCAGUUACAGACUGGAACAGAGAGGGCAGGCUGUCGAUCAAUUGAAGGCUGUGAUGGAACAGGUACUGAAAUUUGCAGUUUUGGAGUUAACGAAGAUUGUAGAAGCCAGCUUUGAUGACCUGCUUUUGGAACUGGUGAAAAAGGAGAAAGAAAGCAAAAUUCUGAAGCAAAGUUUGACAGAGGGUGAUCAGAUUUCAAAGCAAGAUUGCAAUAUAGAUCUUAAAUCCCCAGAAAACCAUUCAAGAUGCCCCAGCAGUUCAGAUAAAGGUGACCAGGAUAAAGAGUCAUCUCAGGACCCACCAAGUAGUAAAAGCUGUGGAGCAGAUGUGGAGCAUAGUGAGAAACCAAUGAAUGUGGAAACUGUGACAGGGAAGCAGACUGUCCUUUCUGUAGCUCAAGACUGGGUACCCAUUCUGGAUAAGGUCUUUGGCCAAAAGUGGUGCAGCGACUUGUGGCAGAACAAAGAGCUCGAAGGUGAGGAACAUGUGGUCGCAAACAAGACAGGCGCUACAUCCAUGGCCACCCCAGAUGGUGUCAUCCCAGAGAAGAAGGAUGCCCUCUUCACCAGCCAGCAAGAAACCACUUCAGGAAGUUCCUUCAUGUAUGUGCAUCCAUCUGUUGGCGGAGAUCACAGCCCCUGCCCAUCUAGUGAUGACCUCCAGCUCAAAUCUCCCUCCAUACUGCACAGACUCCUGACGAUUCCAUCGCAAGGGCUCAAUGAGCUUCUCUGCUCUAACCAUGACAUUCCUGUUGAGCCGUUACCCACGUCUUCUGGUGCAUCACCAGACACACAUGAGCAUCAGAGGGAGCCACAGGUCCUUAAUGUAGAUCAGCUACUGCCUCCUGGGGAAGAGGAAGCAGGUGAAAAGGAGUAUGUGGAGGCUAAAGCCCCAGUGGGGAGAAAGAACUACACCUGCAAGCAGUGUGGAAGGAAAUUCAGCCGACAGCCCCUGCUGAAAGUCCACCAGCAGACGCACACCACCGGUUCUCUGGUGCGCUGUUCGCUGUGUGGGAAGCGCUUUUCCCAUCCUGAGCGUCUGCAGGCACAUCUCCGGACUCACAAUACCGCAAGAACUUGAGCAGUUACAUGACAUCUUCAUAUAUCAUCAGACACCUGUGCCUCUUACAUAUAGCUUUUUACUCCAUUUAGUUUACUAAAUGAAGGAAGCCGUUGGGCUGGCAUUUCAGUACAUGUCAUCUGUAGUCUGCAUUAAAGGUAACUGAAGAAAGAUGACACCAAAUGGAACUUAGCUAGAAAUGGACAAUGGUUUACAGUAAGUUGUCUUAGUCAUGCAGGUGAACAUCAUACAAUAAACUACUGAUCUCUGAUAGCAAAGUAGUCAUAGUUUAUAACCAGUGACAGCACUGAUCUUAGCAUGAGGUAAUGUAGAUUGACAAAGAGAGUAAGUGCUCUGAAAUUUAAAUGACCUUUUCAUGUGUUAAAAAUAUGUUCAAACUAUGUGAACUAAGCGUCAUGGUUAAAAUUCAACAUAAUCAAAAGAAACCUAUCUAACCAUUAUAAAGAUUUUUAAUAGUGCAGAUCUGGAAUUAUGCAUUUCACAAAAUGAAAUGGGAAACAUCCAAAUGCUUCUGCAAUGCAGUUUUUAUUACCUUGGCAAAAAAGUCAAAUGUAUCAAAUCUUAAAUUAAUCUGCUUUGGGGGAGAUUACAGACAACCCAAAAGAAACCGACAUGCAGAUGUAACAAUAAUUUGAUACAUUUUUACAUACUUAUUCUUGUUUUCAGCCCACUUGCAGAGCUUAGUAAAGUGUGAAUAUGUGGUUGACCUAUUUCCAAUAGAAAUGCACGUUGUUAUAAUGCAUACAUUUUUUAAAUAAGGGACUUCUGAUGCUUGAAUAUGUUUCCCAGCUUGGGAAAAAGAAAAUACUUAUUGUAAACCAGAAACAGGUAAAAAUAUUGGUGACUUAGUACACAGUAAUGCAACAUUCCCUUCCAGCAAGCUUAAGCGCAUCUGUUUUCUGCAAUGUUCAUAUUCACAAAAAAGUAGAAAACAAUUGGAUUCAGGAAUUGGCAUAUAAUGUUCAUUAUUUUCUUUUUAAAAUUAUUUUAUUGUGGAUUUUGCUUUAAUCCUGUUGAAAUGUUUACUUUGUUUACAUUUUUAAAGGAUAAAAAUGUAAUUUACCCUCAGCAAUAAGGAUGGUUGAGUAUAACUCCCUGGCUUUUUACAUUUUUAUAUCAUUGGCCAUAGAUUGAACACCAACUGUUUGUCUGCUCUGUAACUAGUAAAAAUCAAUUGUAGGUUGCCACAAAGCUCAACACGGAAAAGGUAAAUAAUUGGCAUUACCAGUGCAUUAUGCAGUAUGUCCUCCUCACCAACAAUAGAGACAUUCCAUUUUAAAUUUUCAUUUUCUCAAGUUUGAUUUCCAUAUACAUAUUUUCAUAUAGCCAAUGUUUAUCAGUGUAAGAAUAAUGGGGCAGUAUGGACCAGUACUCAAAUAGACAUUGACUGACACUGUAGCUUCCUUGGAACAAAACUCAGCUGACAGAGUUGCUACUAGCUAUAUUUAUUAUUUUAUUAUUUACAUAUGUACCUCUCAUUUUUAAAUUCCAUGCAUCUGUUCAGAGGCACAGGACUCAUGGGGCGCAAGGCAGAGGAGACCUUGGGUGUGACAUCGGUCCAUCACAGGGUGCUCAUACACAUUUUUUUAACAGUUCAAGUAAACCCACACAGGCAUAUGGAGAACCAGAGGCAGGAUUUAAACCCUGAUAUUAUUUGUAAUAUCUGUUUGCAGAAUGAGAAUAUUACAAUUUUAACUACUUAUUUCCUUCAGAAUAUUGAAGAGUCCCACGCUGGGUAUGAAAUAUGGUGAUAAGGCUAUCUUAGUAUCCUUCAUCUACUGCGUGCAAGGGUGAAAUUUAAAUUGUAUAUAUCAUGCUAAGAGAAUGCAAACUGUUUUGGUAAAUGAAUUUUCAAACAUUUUAAUGACCUCUUAAUUUUACAGUAAUUCAGGAUGGAAUAUAAUCUUUUUUUUCCUUUAUAUUUAUCUGUUAUUUUUGUCUUCAAAUGUAUAGUAUAUUACAACUCCAAAAACUUUUUUGACCAGUAAACCUCAAGCUGUAUACGUCACAUUUUAUUCUACUAAUAAAAUCAAAUACUGAAUAGCUAUUAUACCAUGUUUUGUUGUUGCUGCUGUAAAGGUCUUUUUAAAAUCAAACAUGUACAUUAGUCUACUUAGUGAUAGGUUGGUGUUAUUUUGCAUAUAUCUAGUAUUUCUCUGAAUGGUUACUAGCACACACAAUACAAUAUACAAAGUGUAGAUGUUUAAUUUAAAUCUGAUGAUUGUGACACAAAUGUCAUUUUAUUAAUGAUUUUUGACAUAUUAACUAUUUUGAGCCAUUUUAUGAAUUUGUUUUCAUUUCUCAGUUUUUAGUCAUAUUCCAUAAGACCACAUUACUAAUAUAAAAAUGUAUUUCUGAAUCAGAUUGAUGCAGUUGCCUAUUUGUCACCUAAUUUGAGCAGUUUACAUUUUUUGUCAUAAAAAUAGGCCAGUUAGUACACAUUAAUUUAUUACCAAUAUCACUUUCUAUUCGCUGUAUUUUCUCAAGUUCACAUCGUUAUUUUUAGUGAUUCACUCAGGGUUUAUUUCAGUGUGUACUGUACCAAACAGAACUAAGACACGUCCAGGUAAAGAAAUUAAAUAUGUGAUGUUUAAAAUAUUUGUGCAAUGAUGUGAAACUAAAAAAACUUUUUUAGGUUAUUGUAAAACAAUAAGCCUUGAGUUGUCUAUUGCAAGGACUUGGUUUGAAGUUUGUUAAACAAUUUUAUAUAUUAAUGCAUGUUUUUUGUUUAAUGCGUACACUAACAGGUUGCUUCCAAUGAAAAAUGAAAAUCUGGCUUAAAAAGUAUGUCACAUCCAGGGAAAAGUCAUUCUGAAUGAAGGGACAACAUUUUGCCAGGUAUUGGAAUUGCCAGAUGUUCUGACACUGUUAUUGAAGCAUUCAGUUUAUAGAAUUCUUUACAUAAUAAUUUAUAAAUAUUCCCUUUCAGCUUAGGUUUGAUUGCUAAUCAAUGACAAGAAGUAUUGCAAGGUGUUUGCAGUAAGUAGAUUGCGGAGAGGCUACAGAUGCAGUAAAGGGGGUGGGGGUGGGGUAAUUGGUGCUCAUAUUUUUUGGGCAGGGGCUGGAAAGGAACAUCAUGCUGGUUACCUAGGAGGGCUCCAGCUAAAACUCAGAGGAAAUGUAGAUCUGAUUUCGUGCUUCAGUCCUUUUGACUAGUUGUAAUGAUUUUUUUUUCUGCUGAAGAGUAGCCCAGAGAACGGUGUGCUUUUUUCUCAUAUAUGGAACUUUUAUUGAACUCAUUUUUGAAACUGAUUUGUAUUUACUGAUGUAUUUUAUUGAAUAAUUUAAUUUCUAUGCUUCUGCAUUUUUGUACAAUUUGUUAAACCAAUAAAGGCACAUCCUGUUAA